CUUUGUGUGACCUCACAAUUGGAUACUAAGCGUGUUUCCUAGUAACCACGGAACGCAGAAAUACCGGCCACAGCUGGACCUCCCUGCUCUGUGCCCCAGGCGGGCCGGGCUGGGCUCUGGCCCUGGGAUGCUGCGCACCCCGGAGGGGACGGAACCAGACGGGCAGCGCGAGGAGAAAUCAGCUGAGCAGACAAAAGGGAAACACCAGCUGCCGCUCUCCGCCCUGUCCGCCUUCAGCUACAUCCCGCCCGGCCGCAGGGACCCCCCGGAGCACAGCUACUUCCACCAGGAGUUCAAGACAGGGAUUGUUUCCACAUAUGACUCCAUUUUUAAGAGGCCAGUGGUUUACAAUGAAAAACUCCACCGAUGUGACAGAGAACAUGCAAAUAGUCGAGGUCUUAACAUUAAUGAUGAGGAACUGGCAAGACCCAUUGCUGUUUUGUCCUCUUCAGAAUAUGGGAGACACAUAAACCAGCCCAUAGAGCAGUCGAUCAGAGAUUAUGCAAGGAUUAACCGUGUGCAGGCUGAGUUCUACAGGAAAAAUGGAGUCACCUGCUUGUUGGAAAAACCUUCUCAAAGUCUUGAACCAUCCUAAAGCUCCUGUCCCCACAGCCAUCGACAUGAACAUAGUAUAACACAGUUUUCACAGCAAUAAGAAAAUGAAGACUGUUUUGCCUUUUCUUGUAAUACUUUCCUUUAGCUGGUCAGUAUGACUUGGAUACCAAAAUGAAGCCACAACAGCUGUCAGUUUCCCCAUGUUAGUGUAAAUGUACCUUGACAUUUCAUUAAAAUCUUGCAAAUAAUUUCUCUACCGAUUUUCAAUGAUGACCAUGUAUUAAUAGAAUAGAGCAAGUUUCUUCUUCAAAGCAUUUACAAACAUCAACUUACAAUCCACGCAACCAUUCCUAUUAAAUUCAUAAAUAUUAUUAUCCUGAUGAAAAAACUGAGGCAGGUUAAGGCCAAGAUUUUCCAAAACAAGUGCCUAAAUCUGUAACCAGAAAAAAAAAAUAAAAAUAUUUUCAGAUCAACCUGAAAACAAAAAUUUGUUGAGAUUUCUGGCAAACUGGAAAUUUAAAAAAAUAAAUCAUUUUGGGGGGGGUCAAACUAAACCUUUCAUUCAAUUCAAAAUGAAGGGUUUUGUUUUGGUUUCAAGUAUUUAACUUUGUACAAUAAUAUGGAAGGACAUUUUUAAAUGAAAAGUUAUUUCAAAUCAAAGACACCAAACCGACAUGUUUUGACUUGGAGUACCUUUCCCAGAGUUAAAGAAAAGCUCCGUAUAGCUCAAAAGCUUGUCUCUCUCACCAAAAGAAGUUGAUCAAAUAAAAUAUAUUACCUCA